AUGAAUUAAUAAUUUACAGAUAUUAUUGAUAAUUCUCUUGAUCCAAUACUUGGAGAAUUUACUUCUAUCAACAUUAACAUCUUCAAGCACUAUAAAUUCUCCUCUGGCUCUGGCCAUCUAAUGUUGUAGAAAUUAAAAAUGUUCAUACAAAAUACAAAAAACUAAUUUAUGAAAAAAUUAAAAAAAAAUAAUUCUUGAAAUUUGAGAAAUACUUUCAAUAACUUAUUGUAAGAAAUUAAGCUCUACUAAAACUGAAUAAACUUCAAAUAUUCAAUAAUUAUAAGAAAUAUUAAACAAACUGAUUUAAGAAAAUUUGUAAUAUGAAGAAGAAAUUAUAUUAGAAUUUUAUGAUCCAAAGUAAUAUACAAUUAAAUAGUAGAAAAAAGAGUUAUUAGAAUUAUAUGAUUUAAACGAUCAAUUAUUAAAUAAAUUAACUAAAUAAGAGAGCAUAAAUAAUCAAUAAUAAGAUACAAUUAAAAGAUAAAAUUCAUUAUUAAAUUCAUAAAAAGAUUACAGAACAAAAAUAACAAAUAGUAAAUCUGAAAUCUCAAAUAUCAGAUCUCCAAAAAUGAGAGAAUGA